AUGCUGUCCCGAAAGAAGACCAAAAACGAAGUGUCCAAGCCCGCCGAGGUGCAGGGCAAUUCUUUCUUGGUAGAACAUCAAAAUAGAUUAGAUGGAUGCAUCAAUCUCAUGCCUUCAUUUAUUCGACACGGUCCAACAAUUCCAAGACGAACUGAUAUCUGUUUGCCAGAAUCAAGCCCAAAUGCCUUUUCAGCUUCUGGUGAUGGAAUAGUUUCAAGAAACCAGAGUUUUCUUAGAACUCCAAUUCAAAGAACACCUCAUGAAAUAAUGAGAAGAGAAAGCAACAGAUUAUCUGCACCUUCUUAUCUUGCCAGGAGUCUAGCAGAUGUCCCUAGGGAGUAUGGAUCUUCUCAGUCAUUUUUAACAGAAGUUAAUUUUGCUGUUGAAAAUGGAGACUCUGGUUCCCGAUAUUAUUAUUCAGAUAAUUAUUUUGAUGGUCAGAGAAGGCGCCCGCUUGGAGAUCGUGCACAUGAAGACUAUAGAUAUUAUGAAUACAACCACGAUCUCUUCCAAAGAAUGCCACAGAAUCAGGGGAGGCAUGCCUCAGGAAUUGGGAGAGUUGCUGCUACAUCUUUAGGAAAUUUAACUAACCAUGGUUCUGAAGAUUUACCUCUUCCUCCUGGCUGGUCUGUGGACUGGACAAUGAGAGGGAGAAAAUAUUAUAUAGAUCACAACACAAAUACAACUCAUUGGAGCCAUCCUCUUGAGCGAGAAGGACUUCCUCCAGGAUGGGAGCGAGUUGAGUCAUCAGAAUUUGGAACCUAUUACGUGGAUCACACAAAUAAGAAGGCUCAAUAUAGGCAUCCUUGUGCUCCUAGUGUACCUCGGUAUGAUCAGCCCCCUCCUGUCACAUAUCAACCACAGCAAACUGAAAGAAAUCAGUCCCUGCUGGUACCUGCAAAUCCGUACCAUACUGCAGAAAUUCCUGACUGGCUUCAGGUAUAUGCUCGAGCUCCUGUGAAAUAUGACCACAUUCUCAAGUGGGAACUCUUCCAACUGGCUGACCUGGAUACAUACCAGGGAAUGCUAAAGUUGCUUUUCAUGAAAGAACUGGAACAGAUUGUUAAAAUGUAUGAAGCCUACAGACAGGCUCUGCUCACAGAGUUGGAAAACCGCAAGCAGAGACAGCAGUGGUAUGCUCAACAACAUGGCAAGAAUUUUUAA